GUAGAGUUCGCGAAUUUUCCCGAACGCCUCGCGUGAGUUUCCGGCAGAGGACAGAUCCGGCGUCUAACGUAGUGCAAUAUUAUAAAAAAAAGACUGUUUUUAAAGGUUGUGCAUACUCGAUUUGUUUCGUGAAGUGUCCGUGAUGUCCGUGUUGUGUUAUAAUAAAAGCUGCGGCCAGCGGUUUGAUCCAGAAAACAAUCCUGAAGAUGCAUGCACGUACCAUCCAGGAGUUCCUGUGUUCCAUGACGCUCUGAAGGGUUGGUCGUGUUGUAAGAGACGGACCACAGACUUCUCGGAUUUUCUUAGUAUUGUGGGCUGCACUAAAGGUCCUCAUAACAGCGAGAAGCCGCUGGAACCCGUGAAACCGGACGUGAAGGUCUCUGGAGAGAAGAAAGAGCUGGAGGACCUCAAACCCAGGUUUAACGAGUACGUCAUCCAGGCGCCCAAACCUCUGGAGUUCAUACAGAGACCCAGCUCUGAAGAGCCGCUGGUGGAGCUGCGCAGGAAAGUGUCUCCGUCUCUCAGUCAGGCGCUCGAGAAGCUCAGACUCGCAGGCGCUGAGCAGCCUGAAGAAAAAGACGAGGAAGGAGGUGAGGUCAAAAUUGGGACGACAUGUAAAAAUGGAGGCUGCUCGAAGACAUACAACGGACCGAAGUCUGAUGAGGAGAUGUGUUUAUAUCAUCCCGGGACGCCCAUCUUCCACGAAGGGAUGAAGUACUGGAGCUGCUGUAAGAGGAAGACGUCAGAUUUUAACUCCUUCCUGUCUCAGGAGGGCUGUAAUAAAGGAUCACACCAGUGGAGGAAAGACACGGGAAAGAAAGUGGCUCCGUGUAGAUUUGAUUGGCACCAGACAGGAAGUCAGGUGACCAUGUCCAUCUAUGCAAAGAACUCGAACCCUGAGCUCUGUUCUGUGGAAGCGAACAGCGUCUCGCUGAAAAUACAUCUAAACUUUGAGGGAGAUAAAGAAUUUGAGCUGAAGAUGAAUCUGUGGGGCGUAAUUGACAUCAGUAAGAGUGUCGUUAAUAUGAUGGCUGCUAAAGUGGAGGUAGUCAUGAAGAAGGCGGAGCCUAUGGCCUGGGCCCGGCUGGACCUGCCGCCUCCGAAGCCUGAACCGACCAAUGAGAAGACAGAGAAUCAAGACGGAGCGCGAGUGAACGCUUGACGAGGCAGACGGCCGUGAUUAAGUGCUCAGACGCUCACAGACAGCAGUGAUCAGUGAUGAAACCUGCGGGUCUGUGUCACCUUACACUCACCACACACUGUUCAACUAGGAAACAAAGAGAGAUUAUUUAUUUAAUUAAUUGGAGUUCAUAAAAAUCAUAAUGUGGAUUCAUGUCGGAUGAGCACAACAACAGUAGACUAUUUAAUUUGAUGUGAAUGAAAAGCUGUCCUAAAUCACUAUCAAGUUAUCAAUGGUAAAAAUAUAGUAAAUUAGUUGUUUUUAAAGGGAUACUCCACCCCAAAAUGAAAGUUUUGUCAUUAAUUACUUACCCCCAUGUCAUUCCAAACCCGUGAAAGCUUUGUUUGUCUU